AGCGCUGUGAGUGGGAGAGACGAUGUUGUGAUCCUCUCCGCAGCGAGAAACCCAAUAGGCCAAGGACAGAAUCCUGCCCGUCAGGCCAGCGUGGCAGCAAGCAUUCACUAUUCGGUGCCAGCAUGGAGCUGCCAGAUGAUCUGUGGUUCCGGACUGAAGGCCGUGUGUUUAGGAGCACAGUCCAUCCUCACGGAAAACGCCAGGAUUGUAGUAGCAGGCGGCGUGGAAUGCAUGAGCAAGGCUCCACAUGUGGUUCCAAUGCGAGUUGGGGUCAAAGUAGGAGACAUGUCCCUUCAGGAUACCAUUCUGUGUGAUGGCCUAAUGGACGCCUUUUAUAACUAUCACAUGGGUGUAACAGGCAAUUCACCGUCUGAUGAAUCAGAGGAACGUGAGAAAGAUCCCAAAUCGUUGACCUUUCCAGCCUACAUUGCCAGCCUGCUGGACUCUGGCGAUGAGCUCCUGGCAUCUGGAGUCAGAAUGUAUUGUGGGCACAGGGGAACUUGCCCUUCCUGGUGCCACAUGUGCCAUGCAACACAGAGCCAGGAGAAAGAAGACCCCGUUCUACUGGAAGUCACAAAGACUGCUCCAUUGUACGAACUAUUCACAGACAACGAAACACAAAAGGCCGUCCAAGAAACUAUGCUGAGCUUGCUUUGGUGCACUGGAGGUGGUGACGUUAUUGACGACUGGUGCCGAUGUGAUUCUACAACGUUCAGCACUGAUGGGCUCCCAAACUGCGCUCCUCUCCCACAGCCUGUGUACGUACCUGCUCUGUGUGCAAUGGGCAAUGGGACUCGGGUGCUCUCAACUAUACUGGAGACCGGG